CCGAAAUCUCCCGUGCGAGACCACUAGUGCCAAAGCUGUUAGCGGGCUGGAGAUCCUAGCACCGGGCGAUCGAGAUAGUCGACAUAAGGCCGCAGUGCAGAACUCCGGCCUCGGAAGGGUUGCUUACUCUCAAGCCUAAUUUUUGUCUAGAUAAAGAGUAAGGAAGACAGUAACGUGUUGAGACUACGCUUGGUGCUUACUGGAUAUUCUACCUUACAAUGGCUCUAGUGCUGAAACUGUAUCUCCUGAGCGUGACUCUCGUGGCGCUGAGUGCAAACGCGGAAGAUCUUUCAUUCAAAGAUGAAAUUGUUCGAGAUGAGAAUUGGCUGGAUCCCUCAAAUAUGUUUAUAUCGAAGGCAGGACACAGCCUUAAGGUAUAUGGCGACGAGCAUGGUAGCAGAGGUGAUGGCAGCGACGAUGAUGCGGUUGUUGUGCGUCCACUAAGCACCCGAGAGCGCAACGAAUGCCGAGAACAGCGCAAGGAACUUAUCACCUGUCAGAAAAAGCUAAAGGACCUGCAGCUGCUGCGCCAACUUAUUAACACCAGCUACGACGAACCCUGCACUGACCGCGAGUUCAUCUAUCUACGAAGACUUGCUCUAACGCUUGUCAAUAAAGCUAAAAUUCCGAAACAUGCGCCCCGUAGCAAUGUUAAGCUUGAGUUGUACCUGUCAGCCAAAGACGUGAACAGAAUCAAGGAGCUCGUAACAGAGCAACUGUGUGACAGCGUAUUUUCCCUUGAAUCUCUCCUGUCGAUUAUUUUGAGCCGACUCUAUGAACGAGAGGAAUCGCCAGACGAUCAGCUGGACUCCGUUGAAAUGUUCGGAAACGUCAAUUCAUUUUGGCUUAUCCCUCUGCUUGCGAUUGCCGGAACUGUAUUUUUCAACAUUUACAAUCGAAAAGUAACAGCGUAAAGCUAUUACGGAGCCGUUUUAAUGAAAAAGAUCAAUCCUUGACUCGUCACGACUGAUCUGAGAGCGCCUGAAGUUCGACCAAGCGAUCACCGCGGUGUUACACAGCUGCCUGCCUGCCUGCCCAAGGCGUUAUUGAUUACUCGAUAAGAGCAAGUUAUCCGUCUAAAUAAUGAACGAAUACUAUGUAGGAAAUAGAAACAUGUUAUUUGCCAUUCCUAUGAGCUACUUAUGUAUGGGCUAUUAAAAGCGAAAUAAAUUGCUAAGAUUAUGGUUACUUUGAAUUCCGCCCGCCGGCCUGGAGUUUUCUU